AUUAAAUUAAUAGAACCCACAAUGCAACUGUUUAGUGGGCAUAAACUAGCUUGUAUGCAACGCAAUCGUGCACAAAAAAAUUACGAAAGAAAAUUUAUCACAACAUACCAGAAUCGCAAUAGCUGACGCGAAAAAUUAGACAAUUAGGACUUAAAAGGACUUGUCAAAAAAUCAACGAAGUUUAAUGGAUAAAUACGCUUUAACCACUUACAUUUUAAAACUUUCUUUGCAGUUCACGAAACAUUAAGAUAUAUAUCUAGAACACGAUUUUUGGAUUAGCACAAGUGCAUCAAUAAAUUAAGGGCAUCAUGACAUUAUGAUUUGUAACAGUGGAAUUUAGACAUGAACAAGUUUUAUUGGUUAAUACUGCUAUCAAUAUGUUUCCCUAAAGUGUACAGCCAGUGUUCAGGUUCAUCAUUAGUCAUAGAGCUACAGAUGUUUACAACAAUAUAUAUCGAGUCUCCAAAUUUCCAAUCAGGAAACUAUUCACAAAACCUUAACUGCUCCUGGAGAGUUAUAUCUUCUUCAAAUACAAGCAAUCUUCUUUAUAGGAUCCGUCAUAUAUUAGCGGUACCCACUAACGAUAUUUUGAAGAUCUUCAAAGUAUUUUAUUCAGGUUUAGAUGACACGGGAAAUGUCCUGAUUGAUACUACCAAUAACGAUUCACCAAAUAAAAAUAUUCCUGGGAUAGCUAUCGUUGAAGGGUUAUACGUACAAUUUACCUCUGAUGAUGACCUGACAAAUGAUGGAAAAGGCUUUACAAUAGAUAUCAUUGAAUCUUCUGAUAUGUCAGGAGGAGAUUGUUCUAAAACCAGUUUUAUGGAAGCCGAAUCUUCUCCAAAAUUCAUUACUAGUCCAAAUUUUCCAAUUAACUACCAAAAGGAUACCGAUUGCUCAUGGAAUAUAUCUUCUACGGACGGUUCAGUCAUUGUAAUAUCCGUGGUAUAUAUGGAUAUUGAAAUAAAGCCUUCUGACUCUUGUUAUGAUUAUCUCAUAAUCGGUGAUUCUGGCCAACUUUGUGCACAGAUCGCAUGGCACGAUGAAACAUUAUAUAAAUACAAUAACUCUGUUUCAAUCAUAUUUAAAAGUGACAAUCAAGGAAAUAGAGGGGGUUUUGUACUCUCGUAUAUGAUGUUAAUAAAAGAACCAAAUACAACAGCAAAUAUCGAAGAACAAAACACAUCAACGCAACCAGCAAGUACAUCGUUCUUGUUUACAACAAUUACUGGCCAUGAAACGUCAUCUGAUUCGUCUUCAUCAUCGACACAAACAUUAAAUUCAUCGAUGCUAUCAACAACAGAAAAUACUGAAACACAAACAACAGACACUGAUAUAUCAUCGAAGGAAACAGCGAGCACUUCAUCUCUGUCUAUAACAACCUCAUCACUAAUCAUUGCCUCUGCCGAAUCAUCAACCAAAUUGGAAAAUACAUCUUUACUAUUUUCAACUACAGAGCUUCCAUCUAUGAUCGAUACUAGAGAUCAAUCAACUUCAACAAAAGAUUCAACUUUAUCGUUAUUGUCUACAACUAAUAUAGAAUCACAGAGCUCAGAUACACAAUUGUCUUCAACACCGACAGGAAGCACAUCUUUGCUGUCAAUUUCUCAAACUACGGACAAUACAGAUUCAUCGACGUGGUCACAAAGUACAAUCAUAGACUCUCCAACGACCAUCGAUGGUGUGACUACUGAAACUUCGUCCAUAUCUUCUUCUAUCGCGUUUGAAACAACAAAUGACUAUAAACACCAGUCAACUACAACUACAACUUCAACUGAACAGGAAGUAGAAAACAAAAGCCCGGUGUCAUCAGCGGCAACUGCUGGAAUUAUUACAACCGCAAUUAUAGGAGUAGCAGGUCUUGGGGCCUUGCUUGCUGUAAUUGCUUAUUUGAUGGUGAAGAAAACAGGAGGAAAGCAUGACACAUCUACCAAAAAAACAAAGACUAAGAAUACACGUGUUCCUGAUAACACAACUCCAUCUUGAAUAACUUUGAUUAAUUCGAUGAAAAAACCCGGAUAUGACCCAGUAUUUUUAAACAUUGAAAAUACUUGAGACAUAAUUAUAUAAUGAUAUUCUUUUAAAAAAAAUGAAAUACUGAGAUUGGCUUGUAAUUGAAAAAUAUAUAAAAAUUAUCAAGUAUCUAUAAAAAGUUAUCAAAGGUACCAGGAUUAUAAUUUAGUACGCCAGACUUGCGUUUCAUCUACAUAAGACUCAUCAGUGACGCUCAUAAAAUCAGUUCAUAAACAUAAACUCUAAACUUUCAUUUGUCAUGACAGCAAUAUUUGAUAUAAAUGUUUCAUAUAUUUU